AUCUGGCCACACUGCUCGUUGGUGUAACAUAACCUGAAUACAACAAAGCUGAUGGUAAGACGACCAUGUGUGAAUGCGAUACGUUUUCCACGGAUAGAUAAUCGUUUUAAAAAGACUUCAAGAUGACGUUGAAAAAUUUCCCAAGGGGUGGAAAAAAGCAUGAAGAGAAAUCUUUGGAUACGCUAUUUAAAAAACGUGGGAAAGUAAAUAAGAAGAACCGUGAGAAGAAAAAGACAACAGCAAACAAUGAGAGUGAAGCUAAUUUUGUUGCUAACACUGCAGAACGAUUGUCAUACACAACCGUUUGCGAAGGAUUGGUAGUAUUGGGAUGUGUUUUCAAAGUAACAGAAUAUGAUAUGCUUAUAUCUUUACCUGGUGGUGUAAUGGGUCACGUUCAAGUUACAAAUAUUAGCGAAUCAUACACAAAUCUUUUACAAAAUUUAAUUGAAUCUGUAAACGAUCAGUCAAAUGAAUUUAGAUCAUUGCCUGAACUUUAUUCUUGUGGGGAUUAUGUUGUAUGUUAUGUAAAGAGCAUACAGUCACAAGAAAAGUGGCAAAUUGUAUUAUCCCUUGAACCUCGAUUGAUAAAUCAAAAUUUGAACAUUAGUUUCUUGGAAAGUGGCUCAAAAAUAGUGUGUACUAUUAACAGUGUAGAGGAUCAUGGCUAUGUUGUAGAUACAGGGUUAGCAAAUGUAAGGGCAUUCAUAUCCACCAAAGACAACAACAAUAAUAAGUGCUUAGCUCCAGGUAAGCAGCUCUUAUGCCAUGUAAAGGAAAUUAAGACAAGUGAGAAUACAUGGACUAUUAAAUUAUCUAUGAAAGAAAGAUUAGUUGAAACAGUACAUGGUACUGAAAUCAAAUCAUUGGACAACUUAAUGCCAGGAACAAAAUUUGAACUGUCUGUAAAAAAAGUUCUCUCCAAUGGUUUGAACAUUUCGUUUGGCGAAAACAAUGUAGGCUAUAUAAAUCAACUUUACUUGAAUGAUCCUUUAACCAAAUAUUCAAAGGGAAUGGUAGUUACUGGUACAUUGCUGUAUAUUUUACCAACAGUGAAAUUUGGAUAUUUCAGUUUAAUAAUAGAUAAGCCUAAAGAUAAUACCGUUGAACCAGGAGAUAUUAUAGAAGGAGCUACUGCUUUAUUUAGAGAAUCUGGCGGAGUUGUGUUGAAAUUAACUAAGAAUGGAAUACGAGGGUUUGUUCCCUUAAAAAGAACAGAUGUUAAUUUUGAUAAAAUUAUCGAAAAAUUCGUACCCGGUACCAAACAUAAAUGUAGGGUAUUACGGUAUUGUUGGAUGGACGCUGCUUAUAUCUGUACAAUGCAGUGUUCGUUAAUGGAACAGAGAUAUUUCUCGCUUUCUGAUUUCAAACCGGGUGAUAAAGUAAAUGUAAGAAUUACAAGUAUCAACACGGAAAAUGGUUUCUUAAAUGUACGAGCUGGGAAGAUUACCGGACAUGUUACAGCAGAACAUGUUUCCGACGCGGGUGUAAGCGCUCUAAAAAAAUUAAAAGUUGAUAAAGAAGUUGAAGCAAAAGUUUUAGAUAUUAACGGUACACGAAAUAAAGUAUAUUUUACUUUAAAGCAGUCACUACUGACAAGCGAUUUGCCUGUUUUAAAUGACAUACGUCAAGCAAAAUGCGGAUCGAUACAUCAUGGUACUGUUAUUCAAAUAAAAAAGAACGGGUUAUUGGUAAAAUUUUUUGGCGAUGUCAAAGGCUGGAUUCCGCGUACUAUGUUAGAUAAAGAUUCAUUGGCUGUUAAUUGGAACUAUUCCAUCGGCCAAACAGUUUUGGUAAGGAUCGAAUCAGUUAAUGAACAAUUAGGGAAAAUAAUACUAAGUUUAGGUACUAAGGAGAUAAAAGUAGAAGAAAAUGUAUUUGUCAUCGGGGAGCGUGUAGAAGGAACUAUUACAGAAUCCUCUACUCAAGGGGUGUACUUGAGAAUCAGUAAGAACGAUGGGCAAGCCGUUAGCACAGGAUUUCUACCAGCUGGACACAUGUCGCUUUGUAUGGAAACUGCUGUUCUACUAGCAUCAAAAUGCAUACCUGGAGAUACUCUCGUUGCUUUGGUGUUUGCUACAGUACCUAAUUUGAUUCUUACCAGAACGUUUUUGCCCGAAGAAGAGUAUAGAAAUUUCAGCCAACUAAAAGUAGGCAAUUGUAUACCUUGUUCGGUUAGAGACAUUGAACCAAACGGCUUGAGAGUUAUUAUACCCAUUACAGAUUGUACGCCAUUCGGAUAUAUUUCCUACAGUAACGUCAGUCAUUUUAAUCUGUUGCAUAUAAAUCAAAUUUUAUUUGCAAAAAUUAUCUCCGUUAACAAAAAAGAGAAGCAACUAGGUUUAACGCUCGCACUAAAGGAAAUUUACGAUGGACUGCCUGAUGCUAAAAGUAGGAUGACGGCAGCGAUUGACACUCUGAGCUUGUACUUUAAUAAAUUAGCAGAACUAGCGGGGAAUUCCUUUUACAAAAAUAGGCCAAUUUCGGCGGUUACAUUAGGACAAAAUGUUACCGGGAAAAUUGAGAAAAUUACAUCCGAUGGGCUUGUAGUUCAAUUGCAAAAUAACUUGUUGGGUAUAGUGAACAAGAACCAUUAUUCUGGAAGUUUAAAAGUUGGGGAUACAAUUAUUGGAACAAUUAUGUGGAAAAAUUAUAUACACGAAGUCGUCGAAAUGACCAUGUUACCUUUGGUAAUGAAAAGUAUAAGUAAGAAGCAGAAGAAGCAAUUAAAGGUUCCUGAAGGAAAAGUAAUACGAGGAAAAAUUUUAAUGGCGACCAACUGGUUUGUUUUAAUUGUUUUGAAAGGCCACGGUAAAGGUUGUUUGGCAGCAAUGCCCGUUCGACGUCAUAUGAACGAUGUAGAACCGGAUUUAUCACCGUAUGUUGUUCAUUCGAAAAUUCGGUGUUAUAUUAUGUUGAAUUCUAAUGAAUCGGAUAUUAUGCCUAUCUGUAUGGUGAAAUCUGCUUUUGAAGCAAAGUAUAACCCAGUGAUAAAACCAAGUAACAUAUUAAAGAGAAAGAAGACACUUCAGGAGUAUGAAAAGAUAUCUACUAAAAAGGUAAAAAAAGAGAACGUUGAGAAUUCCGACGAAAUUUUAAACGAAACACGUGCUAAAAGGGAAGAAGAAAUGAACAUCGAUACGGUUAAACAAGAGGAGGACAUACAGUCGACUGAAAUCGAUAUGAAAAGUAUAGAUGAUAAUAUCAAAGAGGAAAAGUCUAGAAUACCAGAGUGUGGAUUUUUCUGGGACGACAAACCCAAUUUAGAUCUGCUUCAAAAUAAAGAGUCGUCUAGUGAUAGCGAGGAUGAGAUGGAACAACCAAAGCAGAAGAAAAAGAAAUUAAGUGCUGCUGAACGUCGGGAGCAAGAGAGGCAAAAGGAACGUGAAAUUCGCCAAAGAGAAGAAGCAUUGGCUAGCAAUCAAUUGCCGAAUUCGGUCGAUCAAUUCGAUAGAUUGGUUUUGGCAAGCCCGGAUAGUUCCAUAAUUUGGUUACAGUAUAUGGCUUAUCAUUUGCAGGCAACGGAAAUUGACAAAGCAAGAGCAGUUGCAAGAAGAGCCACUAAAACUAUUAAUUUCAGAGAAGAAAACGAGAGGCUAAACGUGUGGAACGCAUGGUUGAAUUUAGAAUCGAAAUUCGGAACUCCCGAAUCUUUGAACGAUGUAUUUCAAGAAGCAGUAAGAACCAACGAUUCUUUGAAAGUUUACAUUCACAUGUUAACGGUACAUAUUGAGGCUGGUAGACAGAUCAAAUUAGAAAAAAUAGUUACUACUAUGGUGGGAAAGUUCAAGCAGAAUCCUGAAGUAUGGAUCGAAUGUGGCACAGCAUUGUUAAAAAUGGGUUUAAAAGAUAAAUCUAGACAUAUUAUGCAGAGAGCAUUGCAAUCUUUGCCAGCAUCUGAGCAUGUAAACUUGAUGGCGAAGUUUGCAAUUUUGGAGAACAAGAUUGGAGAUAAAGAAAGAGCGCAGACCCUAUUUGAGCAAAUUUUAUGUUCGUAUCCUAAGCGCGUGGAUAUAUGGUCGUGCUACGUAGAUUCGUUAAUCAAAUCUAACGACAUUGAUAUUGCGAGGAAAGUACUGGAACGAGCAGUUGUUCAAACGUUGCCGCCAAGGAAAAUGAAGAGUAUAUUCAAAAAGUUCAUUAGUUUUGAAGAGCAGCAUGGUACUGGAGAAAAUGUCGCUCGUGUUCAGCAAAUAGCUGUUGAAUACGUAGAAAAACAAUGUAACAAGGAAUCUUGAGAAGCUUGAAUAGCACGAAUUAAAUAUAAGUUACCUUUUUCAUGCACGUUUACAUUUACGAUGCGAUAGCUAACUUUCCUCAGGAUAGAUGAACUCAUGAAAUAAUAAGCAUAAAGUGUAGGAAAAUUUGAUUAUAAAAUGAACGCUGAGACGAAACAUUAACAUUUCUGCGAAAGUAGACAUUUCGAUAGAUCGAUUAACGAAAUUUAAGUCGAAAAGAUUUUCUUAGUGUUAGCGCGGUCAUUGGUAGUUUAAAUACUGGUUGUCACGAUGCAGUGGCAGCACUGGUUGGACACCAAGAAAAAUGGAGUAUAUUUAAACAGUUCAUUAGAUUUGAAGAACAGUAUGGUACUCAAAAGUAUGUUGCUUGUGUUUAUUAAGUUGCUAUUGAAUACGUAAAAAAACAACAUAACAAGGAGUCUUGAGAAGCUUAAGUAACACAAACUAAAACUAAAUUAUUUUUCAUACAUGUUUUCAUUCACU